ACGUUUGUAAAAUAUGCAGCACUCUUGUGUCAGCAACAGCAGCGACUGAUCAAUUAUCAAAACAGAGAGUUGGAAAAGAGCGAAAAGGAUAUUUAUUAAAUCAUACUGCAUACUGUGCGGGUUUUCAUUUUAUUAUAUAGUGGAUUGUCUCGGCAAUUUUGAAAUAUAGUUAGGGUGUGUGUUUUGCAUAGUUUUAAAUACAUUGAAAUUAGUGCUGCUCAAAUAUGGUUGACAAAUUAGUUAACAGCGAAGCCAAUGCUCGCCGAAUACAGAUGGUGGAAAACUGUUUCGGAACAUCUGGCCAACCAUUGUUUCUUCCCGGGCGGGUCCUGGUAGGUGAAGGUGUUCUUACAAAGAUGUGUCGUAAACGACCAAAAGCUCGUCAAUUUUUCCUAUUUAAUGAUAUUUUGGUGUAUGGCAAUAUUGUUAUUGGCAAGAAGAAGUACAACAAACAACACUUAAUACCGCUCGAAGAAGUCCAACUGCAAGCACUGGAAGAUAAUGGUCAGUACCGGAAUGGAUGGCUGAUACGUACAGCGACUAAGUCGUUUGCUGUGUAUGCUGCGACACAAACAGAGAAGCAGGAAUGGAUGGCACACAUCAACAAGUGCAUAGAAGAUUUAUUGCGCAAGAGCGGCAAGAAACCAGUUGAAACACAUGCUGCUGUAUGGGUUCCGGAUAGUGAAGCUACCAUCUGCAUGCAUUGUAAAAAGACUCAUUUUACUAUGAUUAACAGACGGCAUCAUUGUCGAAAUUGUGGAGCAGUAGUCUGUGGUCCUUGUUCGUCGAAAAAAUUUAUUCUACCAGGCCAGAGCAAUAAACCUCUGCGAGUAUGUCUGGAUUGCUAUGACAAUCUCACAUCAAUGAAGCGUGACGGAAACAAAGCACUUGCCGGCAACAACAACAAACCAGCUAACUCUACUGAAAGCUCCGGUGAAGAUGAUUCAGGAGAUGAUGACGAAACUCUUAAGGAUAACGUGACCCACGACGAGCCCAAAUUUUACGCUGAUGGUAAACUUGAAAAAUAGAACUGUGAGUGCUUUAAUGUUCAUAGAUAAUACCAGCAGUUGUUAUAAUAAAGUAAUUAUCUCGGGAGAAUGUA